AUGUUCACGAAUCAACUGGCAAUCACCACUCCGUCUCUGGGGCUUCACCCCUCCCACACUCUCCCUGAGAAGAUUCAAGCGGCUGCAUCGAAUGGCUUUUCUUUCAUUGAGAUCCUCUAUCAAGAGAUAGUGGAUUUCGGAUCCUCCCAAACCCCUCUUUUGAAUACGCAUGAAGCCGCCCGCUCCAUCGGCAAAAUGUGUUCAUCUGCCAAGUUGGGCGUCCUCGCUCUGAGCCCAUUCAAGAACUUCGAAGGCCAUAUCUCACCCCUCACUGAAAGACUCAGUUCUGCUCGACACUGGAUCGAGAUUACCUCAUGGUUGGGAGCAAAGUAUCUUCAAGUACCCUCUCAGUUCGACAUUACCAACAGUUCACCAGACUGGGACCUGAUGGUACAGGAGCUGCGCCAACUCAGUGAACUUGCGGCUACUCAUUCUAUCAAGAUUGCCUACGAAGCUGUGGCAUGGGGAAGCUACAUUGAUACCUGGGAAGGCUCACUCCGCAUGGUUGAAGAUGUGGAUCGGUCAAAUUUCGGCGUCUGUUUGGAUUCUUUCCACAUCGCUGCUCGAGUAUGGGGCGAUUGUACCACCAAAUCAGGCGUACGCGAAGACGGAGAAAGCGAAUUGAAAGCCUCACUUGAUCGUUUUGUCGCGACUUGCCCUCUUGAUAAGGUCUUCUACGUGCAAUUCUCUGACGCAGAGAGAUUCUUGCCUCCGUUGACGACGGACCACCGUUUCUACCAGGCGGUAAUUCCCUCAUCUUUGAUCUGGUCUCGAAACAUGCGUCUAUUUCCUCUCGAGGAAAAGCUUGGGGCAUACCUACCUGUGUUGGCAAUUGCCGAGGCCUGGUUGAAGAAGAAGGACUGGAAAGGCGUGGUUUCUAUGGAGAUUUUCGACUGGAGGAUGAGAGAAAAUGCAUCAAGACGACCCGAUGAGAAUGCGAAGCGUGGGAUAGAGUCAUGGAAUAAGCUCGUUGCCGCCCUGGAGGCAUCUGCUUGA